GUUUACGUUCUCGUGGUGUAUUUUGUUUCUUCUCGUUUUUGUUUCGAAGAGCGCCGCCUGUUCCUUGCACUUCCGGUUCAGUCGGUGUGUGGGGCCAUCUGGGAUGGUCCUGGCGGCGGCAGCGGUUGUCCUUGGCGUGGGAGCGGCGACUUGAUGGUCUUUCCAGUAUUUGUAUUUUAGAUUGAAGCUAGCACUAAUGCUAACAUUGGCAAGCAAACUGAAACGGGAUGAUGGUGUCAAGGGCUCCCGUACUUCCAACUCCACUUCUGAUUCUACUCGAAGAGUGUCAAUUAGAGAUAAAUUGCUUGUUAAAGAAGUUGCAGAACUUGAAAUAAAUUUACCCUGUACGUGUGAAGUGAACUUUCCUGACCCAAAUAAACUCCAUUUCUUUCUCCUAAUCAUAAACCCAGAUGAAGGCUAUUAUCGAAAUGGAACAUUUCAGUUUGAAAUAGAGGUUCCUGAUGCCUAUAAUAUGGUUCCUCCAAAGGUAAAAUGUUUGACAAGAAUCUGGCAUCCAAAUAUAACUGAGACAGGGGAAAUCUGUUUGAGUUUGUUAAGAGAACAUUCUAUUGAUGGCACUGGCUGGGCUCCAACUAGAACCUUAAAGGAUGUUGUUUGGGGAUUAAACUCUUUAUUUACUGAUCUCUUGAAUUUUGAUGAUCCUUUAAAUAUUGAAGCUGCAGAACAUCAUUUACGUGACAAGGAGGACUUCCGAACUAAAGUUGAAGAUUACAUUAAGCGCUAUGCAAGAUGAUGAUGGGAGAUGAAUUGCAAGGCCAUGAACGCACCUUGAUGUUUUCCUAAAACAACCACCACCACCAAAAAAGAGGGGUUUUUUUGUCUUGUGUUCAUGUUGUUUUGAUUAAGAAAACAAUCCUCUUUGUUAAACGAAAAGUUCAGCCAUUCAGCAAGAAAAUGAUGUAUGUUGGAUAAAAAAAAUUGUUUAACUUUCAACAAUCUCUUUUUGAAAUUGUACCAUAUAUUCAGAAGCGAGAUCUUGAUACUAAAAAGAAAGCUCUAUUAAGAUCAUUUAUUCAUUUUAAAAUUUUCUUAAUAACUAGUAAGGAAUAUUUAAAUAUGGCAAUAAAUAAAUGUGGGCCAAAAUUGAACAUGCAUCAUAUUGAGCGCAUAUGUUAGCUCUGUCUACUGUUGCUGAUAAAUUUGAAAUUACUGAUACUGUUUCAUUUUUUAUCUACUGUUUUAAAUUUGCAUUUACUGUGCAAAGCACUUAAUGAAAUGAAGGCUGAGUCUGAAUACAUAUAAAUACAGUGUAUUUCUUUUAAAACAUAACUAUUUUACAUGCAAAUGUAACGAAAGGUAUGAUAGUUUUUAAAUACCUUUAGUUUCUGGUGUGGUGAAUUGAUAUUUCAGAUUAUUAUAAAACAAAGUAAUUUUAAUUUUUUGGUACCAAAGCUUUAGUAAAAAGCUAAUCCUUGAGAUCAAAUUAAUGCUGACUAUAAUUUAACUGUAACACUGUUAAGAAGCCAAAUUUUUCAGGAUAAACAUGGUAUAAGGAACUUUAAAUAUAACUACAGUAGCUCUAUCCAGUGGUGGGAUUCAAGUAAUUUAACAACCGGUUCUCUGCCCUAAUAAUUUCUUCCAACAACCAGUUUGCCAAAUUGGUCAGAAAGUUCACAACCAGUUCUCCCGAAGUGGUGCGAACUGCUGAAUCCCACCACUGGCUAUAUCUCAUGUAAAGUAUGUAUGAACUACAAAACCAUUUGGGUUGCGUAUACACUGCAGGUAUAUUUAAAAGCAGACGCUACAUGCAAUAUGUACUUCAUAUUUUAUCUUAACUCUUUUGACACAAUGAGCAUUCAAAAUAGUGAGAAUCAUACCCCUCAAAUAAUUUAAAAUUAAUUAAAUUAUUGCCAAAGUAGAGACAAAAAUGUUUUAGUUUCAUACACAUUAUGUGCAUAAUAUUUUUGCCUCAACUUUUUUCAUAUAGAAGAAUCUAAUUUAUUAGGUCCUUCUGUAAUUUCCCAAUGCAGUAAACCUUCAAUUUAAUGGUCUCAUUGGGAGAAAGAGGUAUCAAUAAACCUCUUUAAAAGGAAUAAAAGCAGGAUGUCUGCUGAUUCUGAAUAGAAGUUUACCUAUGCAUAUUUUAUGCAUUUUUUAAAAACAUAAAAUUGGAAUGAGAUUUUAUGCAUGUUUGUAAUGGUGAAUGGGAUUUUAUGCAUGUACAGAUUUUAAUCAUUGCAUCUGAAGUCUGAAAGUAUAUAUAAAGUCAGGGUGGCUUACAAUGUGCUAAGCAAUAGCCUUCAUCCUUUUUGUAUAUUUAUACAAAGUCAGCUUAUUGCCCCCACAACUGGGUCCUCAAUUUACCUACCUUAGAAAGGAUGGAAGGCUGAGUCAACUUUGAGCCUGGCGAGAUUCGAACCUGCAGUAAAUUGCAGGCAGCUGGUCUUAAUAACAGGGUGCUUUAGACCACUGUACUACCAAGGCUUUGAUAUUAAAUCAAAUGUUUACUACAUACUUUAAACUUUGAUAGUCAAUUUAUUAUAAUUACACCCCAGUCAAUAUUAUCAGUCACAAAUGAAGGAGUAUACAUGUCCCAGGAUAAUGUUGUAGGAUCCAAUCUGGGUCGGUCACCAAGACCAGAGGUUUUGUCUUCUGAGCUUUCAAACUUCUGCUGGAGCCCAUCUUCAGGGAACUUCUUUCUAACAGAGUGUGUGCUGUUCUGUGUGUGGUAUUUAUAUGGUGCCUGUUCUACGUGGGUUUUAGAUGUUGAUUGGGGUGUGCUGGUGGCUGGCUAUCAACCAUCAAGCCAGCCAUCAACACACCCCAAUCAACAUCUAAAAAGCCACAUACAAUACCACACACAGAACAGCACACAUUCUGAUAAAGAGAAGUUCCUUGAUAAUGGGCACCAGCAUGAGUUCGAAAACUCAGAAGACAAAACCUCUGCUCCCGAUGACCGACCCAGAUUGGAUCUAUCAUCAGUGUAACAAUAUUCAAAACAAGGCACCUUGAGGUUCAAUUAGAAUGAGAAUAAAUUAAAUACAUGGAUUAAAUGUUCAUUGCAAUUAAUGGUCCUUAGAAAAUGCUUAAUUUGUUCAAAUAAAAGUUUCAAAAUAAAAAUUAUUUCUUUAAAAUUUGAGUUA